UGAAACGAAUGUUUUGGAUCCCGAAUUGGCCUCAAUGUCUCCGGAGGUACCCUUUUCCCCAGAAAACUUCCAGAAUGAAGAGAUGCAACUUAAUCGUGAAACGAAUGUUUUGGAUCCCGAAGUGGCCCCAAUGUCUCCGGAGGUACCCUUUUCCCCAGAAAACUUCCAGAAUGAAGAGAUGCAACUUAAUCACGAAACGAAUGUUUUGGAUCCCGAAGUGGCCCCAAUGUCUCCGGAGGUACCCUUUUCCCCAGAAAACUUCCAGAAUGAAGAGAUGCAACUUAAUCGCGAAACGAAUAUUUUGGAUCCCGAAGUGGCCCCAAUGUCUCCGGAGGUACCCUUUUCCCCAGAAAACUUCCAGAAUGAAGAGAUGCAACUUAAUCGCGAAACGAAUGUUUUGGAUCCCGAAGUGGCCCCAAUGUCUCCGGAGGUACCCUUUUCCCCAGAAAACUUCCAGAAUGAAGAGAUGCAACUGAAGCGCGAAAAGAAAGGUUUGGAUCCCGAAUUGGCCUCGAUGUCUCUGGACCAAUACUACGAGAAGUACGUCAAGAAGCCGGUCAGCAAGGGAAAGUCGUUCCGUCCUCCGCCGAACCCGUCGCUUUCGGAUGCGCAGCUCCGAUUCCAGCGGACGCACUACUUCGGCCCCGCCUACCGGCAGAACCUGGCCAACCCUACUGUGACAGCUAGGCGUGCUCGGCUAGAAGGACUGAGAAAGGGUAUCGAGCAGGGCAAGGCCAAGAUGUUCCUAAUGAACACUGAGAAAGAGCCGACUCAACUGAUCACCUGGUGCCAGAAAUACAAAAAUGAA